UGCCCAAUGCACAGCAGCUAAAAAUGUUAAAGGGAUAGAAACUAAUACAGAAAAUACUGUGCAGACAUUAUAUUGAAUGAUACCUAAAGUAUUAUGUCCAAUUUUAGUCACCUCACUGUAAAAAAGCUGCACUGGAAAAAUGAAAAGGGUGAGAGACCAGUAAUAAAUGUGCUUAGAGAUCUGUCAGGGUUGACAUAUGAAGAGAGAUCACAAUAACUGGGAUUAUUUAUGCUAGAAGAAAGAAGAUUUUAUUUGAAAGAAAUAUUCCAGAAUUUGAUGCGAAACCUGGUCAUUCCUUUCUUUAUAUCCUGCCCGAUGGUAAUGCAAGAAAGAAGGCUCAAUGGAUAAAAUGUAAGGUUCCCUCUUUUCACUUAGACUCACCUUUCUAGAGUUGUCUUUACUCUACACUUUAGUGUGUCUAAACUGGGAACUUGAUCUUGCAGAUGCUACCAACUAUAAUGCACAUUAGUGCAAAUGGGCCUGUGGCAUCAAUGAACUACUCUUGGUAAUAAACAUUAUGAUCAGUCAUAUGUAUCUGUAGUAUGAGGCUCUUGGAUUGCAAGCUCUUUGGGGCAUGGACCAGUCUUAUUUUUUUCUGUAUCGCACCUAGUGCAUUAUUGAAUGCUACAUAAAUAAUACCAAAUAAAAAAAUAGUUCUUCCUGCAACAGACUGUGGAACUCAUUGCCACAGGAAGUCAUCAAGUCAGAUACAAUGGCUGGAUUUUAAAUUAUAUUUGUAAUUACACGUGCUGAGAUAAAGACAAUCAAAUCUCAUGCAUCAGACCAUAACAUGAAUGUCACAGGGAUCAGAAAGGAGUCACCUAUGUGCAGCAUUGCACAUUUGGCAUCAAGUAGCAAGUGGUCCAGGACUCAGGACUCGAUUGACCUGUAACUUGCUGCAGUAUGGCAGAUUUUAUUAUGUUUAUUCUAUAAAAAUAAGGCCAGUGGCUGAUCAUUUAUGAUUACCCUAUUGCAACAACUGUGUGUUCAUCUAAUGGAAAGAGAUGUCAAUUGCUAGAGGUCAUUCUAGAAAAGAGAGAGAUUUUUAAGUGUAUAAAACAUGUGUUGACAGUGCCCUUUUAAACACAGCAUAUUAGAAAUGAAUACAUUCAAACAAAAACCAUCCCUUUAUUUUAUAAAGCCUUUAAGCAAAAUAGGUCCCUGUGUAGUUUAAAAGAUUAUUUUAGCUGCAGAGCAGUUUACAAAGAGACCGCAUAAAAAGGAUUGUGGUGUAUUAGUUUAGGCCAAACAAAGUCACUUCUAUUUAAAUGAUCAAUAUGUAAGAAACCAAACCCCAGUUCCCUGGAGAGGUGGGGAACUGCAUUACAGAAAUGUUUGUAGGGGAGGCGAGGAUGCCAGAGCGAUUAGCUGAAAGCAGAAAGAAAUGCACAGCCCUAGCUUCCGAUAGCUAGUUAAAACGAUCUGUCAAGCAGCUGUUUCUAUGAGCCUCAGCUCCCAGCUAAUCAGGCACUGCUCCCCACGCUCUCUCUCACACACACACAUUCCCUCUCAUCUCCUCCUGUAACUUUAUCAGGGAAAAUAGUGUAGUUACUGCUUCUUCCUGGUAGAAGGGUGACUCAGAUCAGAGACAGCGGUUGAAGACAAGCUGGUGACGGCUUCCCCCCGCCCGCCUUUUUUUUUUUUAAUCUGAAACACCAACUAAACCAGGGUUGACUGUGAAGACGAUACACAUCCAACUAGUCAGAGCCUAGUGUACUUGUUAUGAAGCUCUACUGUACAAGAGGAACUUUGAGUUACAAGCCGGUACAUUCAACAGCCCUGCCAUGAAUGUGAAUCUUUAUAUUUAGGAAUAUCUUCCAGGCUCCCAGAAAUCAUGUCAGUAGGAUCACAUUCAUUCUCCCCAGGUGGUCCCAAUGGGAUUAUUAGAAGUCAAUCCUUUGCUGGCUUCAGCGGUCUUCAAGAAAGACGAUCCAGGUGUAACUCAUUUGUUGAAAAUUCCUCUGCACUUAAGAAGCCCCAAGCAAAGGUGAAGAAAACGCACAAUUUGGGGCAUAAGAACAGCACCGCCUCCAAAGAACCCCAGCCUAAAAGGAUGGAAGAGGUCUAUAGGGCCUUAAAGAACGGAUUGGACGAGUAUCUGGAAGUUCACCAGACAGAGCUGGAUAAGUUAACUACUCAGUUAAAAGACAUGAAAAGAAACUCGCGGCUGGGGGUGCUGUAUGAUCUAGACAAGCAAAUCAAAGCGAUAGAAAGAUAUAUGAGAAGGCUGGAGUUCCACAUUAGUAUGGUGGAUGAGCUGUACGAAACCUAUUGUAUCCAAAGACGUCUUUGUGACGGCGCCUGCAAAAUGAAGCAAGCAUUUGCAAUGUCGCCUGCCAGCAAAGGCGCUCGAGACAGUUUGUCUGAAAUCAACAGAAGUUACAAGGAAUACACAGAGAACAUGUGUAGCAUUGAAGGAGACCUGGAAAACCUAUUGGGGGAGUUUAGCAUCAAGAUGAAAGGUCUGGCUGGAUUUGCUCGUCUUUGUCCAGGAGAUCAAUAUGAGAUAUUCAUGCGUUAUGGCCGCCAGCGAUGGAAAUUGAAAGGCAAAAUUGAAGUGAAUGGCAAGCAAAGCUGGGAUGGAGAAGAAAUGGUUUUCCUCCCUCUUAUUGUUGGACUGAUUUCCAUUAAGGUCACAGAAGUUAAAGGACUUGCUACUCACAUUCUAGUGGGAAGUGUUACCUGUGAGACAAAGGACUUGUUUGCAGCUCGGCCUCAGGUGGUUGCUGUUGACAUUAACGACCUUGGCACUAUAAAGCUGAACCUUGAAAUUACCUGGUACCCAUUUGAUGUUGAGGACUUGACCCCAUCCACAGGCAAUGUGAACAAAGCAUCUGCUCUUCAAAGAAGAAUGUCCACGUAUAGCCAAGGGACUCCAGAAACUCCUACCUUCAAGGAUCACUUAUUCUUUUCCAAUUCGCCAGAUGACAUCUUUGAAAAUGGGAUGGCAGCCAAUGAGAAAAGACCACUAUCUUUCAGUUUUGGCGAUAUACCAAAUGGAGAUUGUGCUCCCCCACCCAGCACUGUAGAUCCGUCCUCUGCCCUUAACCCUUCCAGUCCUGAAAUUACUGUCACACCUCCAGAGCACAAAUCCUCAAAUAACCCAACGAUGGACAGUUCCAGCACAAACUCGUCCCUGGACUCUACACCUGAGUCAAAAGACUUGAAGUCACAGCCAGAGCAUACAUCAGUACAUGAGAACAAGAAAAGCUCCAGAGUAGCCUCUGAAGUUCACCAAAAGCCUCUAGGCCCUGGGAGUGAUAACCUGUUUAUAGAUUCUAGUGUCCCCGUGUCACUUCUACAAGAGACCGAUGAAGUGUCAGAGCUGAAACCGGUCGAACUGGACACCUAUGAAGGCAACAUCACUAAACAGCUGGUAAAAAGGCUCACCUCCGCAGAGGCUCCAAUGACACCUGAAAGGCUGCAGUGUGAGGGAUCAAUAAGUGGCGAAUCAGAAGGAUACAAGUCGUAUUUAGAUGGAAGCAUAGAAGAUGCCUUUCAGGGGCUUCUCCUAGCACUUGAGCCACAUAAAGAACAGUAUAAAGAAUUUCAUGACCUGGACCAACAGGUGAUGCAUCUGGACGAUAUUCUCAAAUGCAAGCCAGCAGUAAACCGAAGCAGGUCCUCCAGUGUCAGUCUAACAGUUGAAAGUGCUUUAGAAAGCUUUGAUUUCCUGAACACCUCUGACUUUGAUGAUGAGGAUGGUGGAGGUGAUGAGGUUUGUAAUGGUGGAGGAGGUGCUGACUCAGUAUUUUCAGACACUGAGACUGAAAAGACUAGGAGAAGAAAAUCAACUCCUUACCCAACUUCCUCCAUUAACAGUUACAGGUCAGAUCACCCAGAAGCCAGAGGGCACCUCAGUGAAGCUUUGACUGAAGACACAGGAGUUGGGACCAGUGUAGCUGGAAGUCCUCUCCCACUGACCACAGGGAAUGAGAGUCUUGAUAUCACAAUAGUUAAGCAUUUACAGUACUGUACACAGCUCAUUCAGCAAAUUGUGUUCUCCAGUAAAACUCCAUUUGUUGUAAGAAACCUCCUGGAUAAGCUGUCCAAGGAGAUCGUAGUAGUGGAGAACCUUGCAGAGAUCAGCAGUGAGAACAUGGGGAACGUCAUCUCUGUAACUGAAGCAAUUCCAGAAUUUCAUAAGAAGCUAUCACUGCUGUCUUUCUGGACUAAGUGCACGGGUCCCACAGGGGUGUAUCAUACCUCUGCAGACAAGAUGAUAAAACAGCUGGAUGUCACUUUUGCCACAGCUGUGAAUGAAGAAUGCCCAGGACUAGCAGAAACAGUAUUCAGAACCCUGCUGUCUCAGAUCCUCGACCGAAGAGAACCAGUCCUCUCAUCCAGUCUGUCCUCUGAAAUCCUAACAGUUUUUCAAUAUUACAAUUAUUUUGCCAGCAACAGUGUUAGCGACCUUGGAAGCUAUUUGUUGCAACUUGCAAAAGAAGCCUCAGUAGUUCAGAAGCUGCAGACCUUAAGAGAUGAAAAACUGCUACAGAACAUAGCUGAGCUAACCUCCAGUAGUCUUCCACCUCAGCAGGAAGUACUGAGGUCCUUGGCUUUACUUCUAACUGAAAAUAAAAAUGAAAUUGGCGAGGCUGUGACAUUACUCUUGUCAGCUUCAGCAGAAAACGGGCAUUUCAGGGAGAAGGCUUUAAUUUACUACUGUGAAGUGCUAACACAGCCUAACCUCCACCUACAGAAAGCAGCUUGCAUGGCACUGAAAUGCCUUCAGGCUACUGAAAGUAUUAAAAUGCUAGUUACUCUCUGCCAAUCUGACAAUGAAGAAAUCAGAAAAGUAGCAUCUGAAACUCUUCUCUCUCUUGGUGAAGAUGGGCGACUGGCAUAUGAACAGCUGGAUAAAUUUCCUCGGGAAUUUGUUAAAGUUGGAGGCCGUCGGGGGACUGAAGUUGCCACAGCUUUUUAGAUGAAAGAUAAUCUACCUAACAGUAACAGUCAUUAUGACUGUUCACAUUAACUGGAAUGGUGCUGUAAUUUAACUGCUUUAAUUAAAAAAAAAAACUUUUGAAGAAUUCUAAAGAAUGUCCUGAAAGUUAGCAAUUUAUAGACAUUUUAAGGAAAAAAAAAGUGUAAAUUCCAGUUAUUGAGUUCCUAUUGGCUUUUCUUCCUAGCUUAUGAUGGAACAGUUGUAUGUUGCAGAUAAUGCUUCUUCAAGUGCUUCAGAGUAAAUGAUGUAGUAAAUCAGUCUCAGCAAACUUCUAUAUAAGAUUUUAGAAUUCAGCAUCUUCAUAUUUUUACACAAUUUUGCACUUGUUUUAUUGAAAUUGUUAUGUAAGCUUGAAAUGUGAUGCUGCAUCUAAAAAGGAAAGGUAGGGAACUACAAAGUGGAAAAGUGGAACUACAAAGCAGCUUUCUCUCCACAUUGCGCUAAGUGUUGGAUGCCUUGCAGGGUUCCUAGCAGCAUUAUAUCAGCCUGGACUUAAACUCAGCUACCCAGAUUGAUUUUAACGAUGAAAUAUAGAUCAAGUUUCUUCAAUUCAAGUUUUGCCUCCAGAAACAACAGGCUGUAAACCCCAGGAGAUGUUAUUUCACUGACUCAUUUUAAAUGCCUCUGCUGGUCUUUUAUUUCCUCCCUCUCACCCUCCAGUAAUGAACCAUGAUUAAUCCAGGGAUUUGCUUGUGCUAUCAAGCAAUUAUGUGGGUUUUAUAGAAAUAAAUGGAAGGUUACAUGUGCUCAUUGUUCAAAAAGAAAAAGUGAAUAUAAUACAAUUGCUUGAAUCCCUGAAGCCAUUUUUGUUUCCUAGGUUACAAGAAGGAGUGGGCUACAUGCACUCUGGCUAGUGGAUAGCAGCUUGCUAUAGAGUAAUUUCAGUAUAAAGAAUUAAAGCAAAAUAAAGAGGACCUUGGAGCUGUUAAAGACAGGGUGCAAAUAAAAGCGUUUCCUCCCCCCUCCAACUCCAAGCAUGAAAGACUGAGUGUUUCAAGCUAUUGAUUAUAGCCCUUAAAUUAACAGAUGAAGUGAGUGUAAUUUAACAGAAGAGCAUUGUUGUACUGCAAUACAUCUGAUAUGAAAUACUAUUUAGAUGUUAAUUAAAACAUCCAGCUUCUGAUAGACUAUACAGAAAAGGAUCACUAAAAGUUCACUUCGAAAAGAAGCCUUGUGCGCCAAAUAGAGUGGCAGACAGUUUUUCUGACUGUGAAUGUUACCAACAAUGUACAUACAGCUGUAUAUUUAUAAAUAUAUAUAUAUAUAUAAAUAUAUAUAUAUAUAUAUUCUUCCUGUAAUUAAAGGUACAUUUGUACAGUCUGAAAUAUUUACUUGUUUACUGAAGGAAAUAGGCUCUUUUUACAGAAGGUUGAAUAACCAUGUCAUGGUUUUUAUAUCAUAGCUACUGCAUGAGCUGAUUCUCCCAUCAUGUUCUUUUGUUCUGACAUCUGCUUAUUUUUUGCCUUCUAGUUUUGUGGCAAUUGUACUCAUAUUUCCUAUCAUCAUUAAGUUAUAAUAAAGAAUAUUUUUAAUCACUAAA